AUGCCUCGAGAGGUGGUUGUCGUCGAGUAUGACGACCUUGUGGCAGGUGCGGACCUCGGGUCUCAACUCCUCGAGGCCUGGGGGCCGGGCAGCCUCGGCGUCGUGGCGGUGCGAGGAGUCCCGCGCUGGGAGGAGCUGUACAUGUCGGUGCUGAAGCUAUCGCACAAGCUCGCACACUUGUCGCCCGAGAGUUUGCGAGCAAUCGAGGACGAGGCCUCUAUGUACAAUGCUGGCUGGUCGCACGGGAAGGAGAAGCUGGGGGACAAACCGGACCUGGCGAAAGGGUCGUUCUAUUUCAAUCCCUUGGCCGACGCUCCUGGCACAGAGGAGGAUCGCGCAAAGUUCCCGUGGGCAUUGCCGAAGAAUCUUUGGCCAAAGGAGAUUCCCGAGCUGGAGACGCACUGCAAAGCCUUGGGCCGCGUCAUGCAGGAGGUGAUCGGCCAGCUUGGAAAGCAAGUCGAUCGGGUCAUGGCCGGCAAGGUGCAAAGCUACACCGCCAACCUUGGAAAGACUCUGAGUGAGACGCAGAAAUGCAAAGGCCGGCUGCUCUACUACUUUCCCCCCAAGGAAACUGGCGCAGCUCAGGAAGCCGUGCCAGAGGAUGGAUGGAUUGGCUGGCACAAUGACUCAGGCUUCAUGACGGGCCUGACCCCUGACAUAUUCGUAGAUGACAAAGAUGGAGAGAUCAUUCCGAACCCUGAUCCAGAAGGAGCUGGAUUGUGGGUUGUCGAUCGCGACGGCAGCGCAAUACGUGUGCACAUUCCCCGGGACUGCAUGGCAAUCCAAGUGGGGGAGUGUACACAGGUCGUCACUGCCGGAGAAUUUGUGGCGACUCCGCACUGUGUACGAGGUUGUCGUCCAGAGUAUGCGAAUGGCCGCAAGGUUGCAAGAAUCAGCUGUCCGUGCUUCGUGGACACGCAUCCAUCUUUCGAGCUGAGGAUACCGGAGGGUGUGUCUCGCGAGGAGGUCCUUGCGAGAGGCCUCUCCUCCAAAGUACCUCCUCUGGGAGAACGGUGGGAGCCGGGACAAAACUUCGGUGACUUCCUAGGGUCAACCUUCCGCCGCUACUACGACUGGGCCUUGAAGAGCUCUUCGCCUCCUGAGAAGCGGGCGAAGACGUCAUAA